GUACCCCACGUACAUUACCAAACAUUCAAACCACAACCGCUUUUUUAGUUACUUUGCUUUUUCUCUUUCUUUGUCAUUGUAAGAGUGAUCGAAUACUUAUCGUUUUAUUGCCUGAACGACAGAAGGUGUAGGAGAGUUGAGAGGAGUGGUGGAGAUGGCGACUAGAGCUGCUGGGUUGGCGGAGCUGAAGCCUUUGGUGAACCUGUUGCUGCCUCUUUGUGUGCAUUGGAUUGCAGAGGAGAUGACUGUUUCUGUGCUUGUUGAUGUUGUGACUGAUGCUCUUUGUCCUGGUGAAUCUACCUGUUCCCAGGCAAUUUACAUCAGUGGUAUUCAACAAACGGUUGUUGGAAUUUUCCAAAUGGUGGUACUUCCACUUUUAGGCCAGCUUGCUGAUGAAUACGGACGCAAACCAAUGCUGCUACUCACUGUCUCCACAAGCAUUUUCCCUUUUGCUGUACUUGCCUGGAACCAGUCCAGAGAUUUUGUUUAUGCCUAUUAUGUUCUGCGCACAAUUUCAUAUAUUUUAAGUCAAGGAAGCAUUUUCUGCAUUGCUGUUGCUUAUGCGGCAGAUUUUAUCAGUGACAGUAACAGGGCUGCAGCAUUUAGUUGGAUUACCGGCCUUUUUUCUGCUUCACAUGUCUUAGGAAAUCUGCUGGCACUCUUUCUUCCCGAGAAGUAUGUUUUUGGGGUUUCAAUUGCUCUCCUGAUUUGCUGUCCACUUUAUAUGCUAUUCUUCCUGGCAGAGACGGCUCAGCUGCCUCCUAAAACAGAGAACAAUUCAAGCUGCCUGAUUAAGACAAUUCAGGUUCUUCAAAAAAGAUACAAAUCAAUGAGAGACGCUGCAAAAAUAGUUAUUAGCAGUCCAACAUUGAGAGGCAUGUCAUAUAUUUCCUUCUUCUAUGAGUUGGGAAUGUCUGGAAUCAGCGCUGUCUUGUUUUACUAUCUAAAAGCAGUUUUUGGGUUCAAUAAAAAUCAGUUUUCAGAAAUCCUGUUGGUGGUGGGAAUAGGUUCAAUUUUUUCUCAGAUUUUGGUGCUCCCCUUAAUCAAUCCAUUUGUUGGAGAGAAAGUGAUAUUGUGCCUUGGCUUACUGGCAUCAAUAGCUUAUGGACUUUUCUAUGGCUUAGCCUGGGCUUCUUGGGUUGCAUAUUUAAGUGCCUCAUUUGGGGUCAUUUAUGUACUUGUGAAACCUUCAACUUAUGCUAUUAUUUCCAAAGCAUCAAGCUCAACUGAUCAGGGAAAAGCACAGGGAUUCAUUGCGGGGGUGCAAUCCAUGGCAAGCUUAUUAUCACCAAUUGCAAUGAGUCCAUUGACAUCUUUGUUCCUUUCUAGCAAUGCCCCUUUCAACUGCAAAGGUUUCAGCAUUGUAGUUGCAUCUGUAUGCAUGAUGGUGUCUUUGUUCUGUGCGUGCUUACUGAAGCAAGAAGAAAACUCGACCCAAGAGAAACCAGAAGAUAUUGAAUCACCACUUUUAUCUUAAUAUCAAGAAAUGUUGUAAUUAGUCUCUUAAAAAUGAUUUUGUUUUCCUUGAGAAGUUGUAAUCGUUAUGUGUAUUUGGAUUUUGAUCUUAUAAUGCAAGAUAUUUUUAAAUAUAUCUUAAGGUUAAAG